UCAAAGGGUAUUUCAAGUUUCCGGAGCUCCUCCCCUCUGCACCGUGUGACAACAACAACUCGUCCAGCCGGCAGCCUGCACUUUUCAGCUCAUUUUCUCUCUGUCAUUCCCCUCUCAAUCUUUGAUCAAUGUACUUGCCAGGGAGAACCCAAGUCCCUCAAUCCUCCUCCUUUCCACCUUCAUCCUUAACUUUGUGCUAGAGCGGGACCCACACAACAACAGCCGACCCUCCCCGUCCCCGCCCCCCCCCCCAAACCAGCCCUCGAUCCCAGCCCCCGGAGAGGACUCGCAUUUCGACUUGCGGGACACUUUGUGCGUUUCUCUCUAGAGCGCCUCUCGCGCUCGCCCCUCCUGCGCUCGCUCUUUCUUACCCUCACCUCCUUUUCCCCCCUUCUCUCCCUUUCUCGUCCUCUUCGGAGUUGUUGUUGCCCCUCUUGCUCCUUCUCCCCCCCUUUUCCCCGUCCCCUCCCGGGGUGUGUGGCAACUUUUCCCCUCUCUUCUCCUCCUUCUGUUUCCCCUUAUAUGUGACCAUGGCAGUGCCUGCGGCUUUGAUCCCUCCGACCCAGCUGGUCCCCCCUCAACCCCCGAUCUCCACGUCUGCUUCCUCCUCUGGCACCACCACCUCCACCUCCUCGGCGACCUCGUCUCCGGCUCCGUCCAUAGGACCCUCGGUGUCCUCUGGGCCAACUCUGUUCCGGCCAGAGCCCAUCGCUUCUUCGGCAGCGGCGGCGGCCACAGUCACCUCUCCCGGCGGCGGCGGCGGCGGCGGUGGCGGCGGCGGCGGCAGCGGAGGCGGCAGCGGCGGCAACGGAGGCGGCGGUGGCGGCGGCGGCGGCGGCAGCAACUGCAACCCCAGCCUGGCCGCCGGGAGCAACGGCAGCGGCGGCGGCGGCGGCGGCAGCAUUAGCGCUGGCGGCGGCGGCGCCUCCAGCACCCCCAUCAACGCGAGCACCGGCAGCAGCAGCAGCAGCAGUAGCAGCAGCAGCAGUAGCAGUAGUAGCAGCAGCAGUAGCAGCAGCAGCAGCAGCUGCGGCCCCCUCCCCGGGAAACCCGUGUACUCAACCCCGUCCCCAGUGGAAAACACCCCCCAGAAUAAUGAGUGCAAAAUGGUGGAUCUGAGGGGGGCCAAAGUGGCUUCCUUCACGGUGGAGGGCUGCGAGCUGAUCUGCCUGCCCCAGGCUUUCGACCUGUUCCUGAAGCACUUGGUGGGGGGCUUGCACACGGUCUACACCAAGCUGAAGCGGUUGGAGAUCACGCCGGUGGUGUGCAAUGUGGAACAGGUUCGCAUCCUGAGGGGACUGGGCGCCAUCCAGCCCGGAGUGAACCGCUGCAAACUCAUCUCCAGAAAGGACUUCGAGACUCUCUACAAUGACUGCACCAACGCAAGUUCUAGACCUGGAAGGCCUCCUAAGAGGACUCAAAGUGUCACCUCCCCAGAGAACUCUCAUAUCAUGCCACAUUCUGUCCCUGGCCUCAUGUCUCCUGGAAUAAUUCCACCAACAGGUCUGACAGCAGCAGCUGCAGCAGCUGCCGCUGCUACCAAUGCAGCUAUUGCCGAAGCAAUGAAGGUGAAAAAAAUCAAAUUAGAAGCUAUGAGCAACUAUCAUGCCAGUAAUAACCAACAUGGAGCAGAUUCUGAAAAUGGAGACAUGAAUUCAAGUGUUGGCAGCAGUGAUGGUUCUUGGGAUAAGGAAACACUGUACUUCUCCCCAUCCCAGGGAUCUCAGGCUUCUGUUACCCACCCCCGCAUGCCUGGAGUGUAUAGUCUUCCACUUAGUCAUCCUCUCAACCAUCUUCAGCACAACCACCUUCUGCCAAAUGGACUGGAACUUCCUUUUAUGAUGAUGCCCCAUCCUCUAAUUCCCGUCAGCCUACCUCCAGCAUCUGUCACCAUGGCAAUGAGCCAGAUGAACCACCUCAGCACUAUUGCAAACAUGGCGGCGGCAGCACAAGUUCAGAGUCCUCCAUCCAGAGUUGAGACAUCUGUGAUUAAGGAGCGGGUUCCAGACAGCCCCUCGCCUGCCCCCUCUCUGGAGGAGGGUCGGAGGCCCGGCAGUCACCCGUCAUCACACCGCAGCAGCAGUGUGUCCAGCUCCCCGGCGCGGACUGAGAGCUCUUCUGACAGAAUCCCUGUCCAUCAGAAUGGGUUGUCCAUGAACCAGAUGCUGAUGGGUUUAUCACCAAAUGUACUCCCUGGGCCGAAGGAGGGAGAUUUGGCAGGUCAUGACAUGGGACAUGAGUCGAAAAGGAUGCAUAUUGAGAAAGAUGAGACCCCGCUUUCUACACCAACCGCAAGAGACAGCCUUGACAAACUUUCUCUAACUGGGCAUGGACAACCACUACCUCCAGGGUUUCCAUCUCCUUUUCUGUUUCCUGAUGGAUUGUCUUCCAUAGAGACCCUUCUGACUAAUAUUCAGGGACUCUUGAAAGUUGCCAUAGAUAAUGCCAGAGCUCAAGAAAAACAGGUCCAACUGGAAAAAACAGAGCUGAAGAUGGAUUU